GAACUGGGAGCACCCCUGUCGGGACUGCGGGUCGGUGUGUCCGGGCACUGUCCACCUGGAGCCCCGCCGACGCGGCCCCUUGCGGGCUUGUAUGUGGGACCGGCGUUAGAAUAAGUCCUUGCUCAGAACUACUGUUGCAGGUCGAGCUUUUUGACAGUCGCCUCGUGCUUCGGGUGUAGAAGAGUCUGGAAGAAGAGGUUGUGGCUUGCUCGUUGUAAAUGGAGUUUAUUGCCUGAGUUAUUUUUCGAAUGUUAUAAAAAUACCCCGUUGGAAGCAAUGCCUCAUUAAAAACUUAAGUGCUGUCUUACAUAAGUUAAAUACCUUUUUGGUAAUUGGACACACUAAAUGGUACUGCAGUCUGAUUUACUCACCACCUUUAUCCUCCCUGGUACUUUAUGGUGGUCCAGCAGCAGUCCGAAGCUGAGCUGUGGUGCUGCCCUUGUUUGUUGCUUUCAGUGGUUUUGUUGAUCCAAUACUUUGCUUAGGGUAACUAAGAAUCUGCUACUGUGGGUCCCACGGUAAUUUCGUGGUAAGUUUUUAAUGGGAUUUUUCUCCACACGCCUCAACUAAAGCUGAAAGAAGCAGUUGUUUACAUUUAAAUUUAAUUUAGCAAUGGAAAGAAUUGCUCUUCCACAAAAUACCAGUAUUGUCUUUGAAACAUGGCUGGGUGUGGUGACACAUGCCUGUCAUCCCAGUGGCGGCAAGAUCAGCAGCUCAAGAGAUCCUGAAAGAAUUGGAUGACUACUAUGAGAAGUUCAAGCGCGAGACGGACGGCACGCAGAAGAGGCGGGUACUGCAUUGCAUCCAGAGGGCCCUGAUCCGCAGUCAGGAGCUGGGCGAUGAGAAGAUCCAGAUCGUGAGUCAGAUGGUGGAGCUGGUGGAGAACCGCACCAGGCAGGUGGACAGUCACGUGGAGCUCUUCGAGGCACACCAGGACAUGGGUGACAGCACUGGCAGCGGCGGCAAGGCCGGCCAGGACAAAUCGAAGAGUGAGGCGAUCUCUCAGGCGGACAAGCCCAACAACAAGCGGUCCCGGAGGCAGCGGAACAACGAGAACCGAGAGAACGCGUCUAAUAAUCACGACCACGACGACAUCACCUCAGGAACACCCAAGGAGAAGAAAGCAAAAACCUCAAAGAAGAAGAAACGCUCCAAGGCCAAAGCAGAGAGGGAAGCCUCUCCCGCAGACCUCCCCAUCGACCCCAACGAGCCCACGUACUGUCUGUGCAAUCAGGUCUCCUAUGGAGAGAUGAUCGGCUGCGACAACGAUGAGUGUCCCAUCGAGUGGUUCCACUUUUCUUGUGUGGGACUCAACCAUAAACCAAAGGGCAAGUGGUACUGCCCCAAGUGUCGGGGGGAGAGCGAGAAAACAAUGGACAAGGCCCUGGAAAAGUCCAAGAAAGAGAGGGCUUACAACAGGUAGUGUGUGGACGUGCACACGGGCAGGAGAACAAACCCAAGUCCCAGGAUGGGCAGAUGAGUAUUUUUAGAGACUGGUAGAAAUGGACCCUCUCCUCGGGACGGCAGAAACAGCCUGUGUCUUCACGGUGUACCUGUAACCAGACUGGGUCUGCAGAUCAGCGUUUUAGAAACUACCAAUAUAGGUUCGAAUUAAACAUGUCAGCAAGUGUCAGCCUGGUUUUUGGGGUUGGGGAGUGACUUGGAAGUAACCUAACAGAUGUAUAAAGAAGAGAUUUAAUUUGGCUGUUUCCACAAAAAUGUUAUGGUUUACAAAAAAAAAAAAAAAAAAAAAAUUAUCCAGGUUGCUGAAGUACAGCCAGUGUGCUUCUCGCUGCCAUAAUGUAUAUCCACAUGACAAGUUGGUCAAAGGUUUAAAGUCUAAAUAUUAUUUUUUAAAAAGGUUAAUGGGUAAAUUUUACAUGACAUAUUUUAUACAUGGCCUAUUCCCCAACUGGCCAUUUUUAAUGACUGGGUACAUUUUUAAUAGGUCAGACACAAGCGGUCCAGGCGGUGGGUCCAGGUCUUGCCUUUGCUACCCUAGGUCAUCGUGUGGCCACCUUUAACUUAUGAAGUGUAUAAAUGUACAUUUUCCAGCCACCUUGCCCUGCUGUAUUAUAACCGGAAGUGCAGCCUGGUGCUGUUGUGAAGCCGAGGUGUGCGUCCCGCUGCGUGUGUGAGCUGUAUAGAUGUUGCGUCAAGAAAUAAAUGAGACUUGGCCAGUUUGUUUCUUUAGCAUUUAAUUUUAACAUACAAAUCAUUUUAAAUUUUUUGUCUUAAAAAUUUAUACACCAGCAGUUUAGACAAAGCCUUAAGCAAAUUGUAUAUUAUUGAUCUCACGUAAUAAGGAAGUAGACAUUAUGUCUAUGCCAGCAAAUAAAUGUCAAACAAUACUUAGAGCAGAGGGUAGAAAGUGACUGUGUUUGAGAUCCAGCCCCACCGUUCGUUUCGUGUGGCCUGUGAGCUAAGAAUGGUCUCUGUGUGUCUAAGUGGUUUUAAAAAUCACAUUUCAUGCUACAUGGAAGUCCUAUGAAAUUCAGAUUGGAGUGUCCAUAAAUAAAGACUCAUUGGAACACA